AUGUCUCAAGUCUCAACCAAGGACGGCGUGUCAUUGUUCCCGCCGGAAUCGGAAGAAGUUAUCAUCUGUGCCCGAGAUGCCCUAUAUUAUCUCCCGACCACUGAUCAAGAUCGACCGAAGCUGUUACUCGACCUGGCCAAGCUCCUACUUCGUAGGUAUCGUGCGGCAACCGAAAGCGAUUCUACUCUAGACGAAUGGGACUCGACCAAAGACCUCAAAGAGGCCAUCCAGCUGGCAGAAGAGGCUGUUGAUCUUCUGCCUAAGGAGAUCACAGACAGAGUCCAUGCUUUGCACUUUCUUUCCAUUUCUUAUGUGUAUCGCUUUUGGGACACGAAGUCAACUGCCCUCCUGCAAAAAGCCAUUAAGCUCAUGCAGGAGGUCAUGGAUCUCACAUCUCUCGAUGACCCGAAACGACAAGAUUGUAUAGAGGAGCCCUGCGACACCGAUGGAAACCAGGGCAUAGGUACCGUGGCAGAACGCGCGAUCGACCAGGCAAUACAACUCGGGAAAGAGGCCUUGGCCGCGCUGCCAUCGGGUAGUCCUGAUCGUGCUGCAUGUCUCGACUCUUUAGCUCGACACUUGGUCAGUCGGUUCGAGGUAAAGCAGGAGAUUGAUGAUUUAGAGUCGGCUAUCGCACUUACAGAGGAGGCAGUUGAAACAAGUGAGUAUGAUUUCGAAUGUGCACGAUACUUGAACCGUCUCGCCUUAUCACUUGCUUCGGAAAGACGAAGGCCGGCAAUCGUCUAUCUAAAUGAAGCCAUUGAGGCCGCGCACGCGGCUGCAGAAACGGCGAGAGAUGACAACGAAGGCCUCGCUGAAUAUUUAUUUGAUUUGGCUGAGCUUUUGGAGUCAAGAUACCAAGAAGCAUCGUCAAUCGACGACUUGAAUUGCGCCAUUGAACUGGCAGAAGACGCUGUUGACAGGCUACCAAAAGGCCAUAGGGACCGCCCUGGAUACCUAGAUGGACUAUCUGGAUAUUUUUGUUCCAGAUGGAGAAAAGCAAAUACCGAGGAAGAUGUUGAAGCUGCAAUCCGAUGUGGACGGGAGGCUGCUAUCGAUGCAGUUGAAGGGAACGGAGCUCUGUUAUCGAAGCGUCUGUGCACCUUUGCAUCUCUUCUUGUCUCGAUGUUUGAGCUAGAAGGUGACAUGAAUGAUCUGGAUGAAGCAAUUGAAACUAUGGAAGAGGCGAUAGAUGCCGGCUCAAAUAAUGAAGUUGAGCAACCUCAGUACUUGGAGUUUUUGUCGAACCUUCUUGUCUACCGCUAUCCCGAGAUUCAUGAACUGGACGUCUUGGAUCUUGCGAUACCAAUGCAGCAGGCGAUCUUGCAAUGCAUUCCGCAUCAUGAUCAACACCGAGCGAAGUACAUACACGAGCUGGCGAUUGACUUCCUCGCAAGAUUCAAGUGGAAGCGAUCAAGGGACGAUCUAGAAACUUCGAUUCAGCUUCAUAGAGAGGCCAUAAAAGCUCUGUCAGAGCACCCAGAAAGUCAUUUGCUUGAGGCCACACUUAUUCAUGAUCUGAGCGUGUGUCUCAUGUUCAGGUUUGAAAUAACGCUGGCAAUGUCCGACUUGGAUGAAGGGGUUGGUCUAGGGGAAGAGGCCGUGUGCAAAAACAUGACCAUCAAUCCUCACUAUAAAUUCACUUUAGUUCAUCACAUUAUGGAGAGAUACAAGAGUACAAGCAGCUCCACUGACUUGAGCAAGGCAAUCGGUUUGAUGGCUUCUGUCGCCGAUAUGUUGACUGAUGACAUUUCAAUGGAUGGUCAGUAUCUCAAUUUUCUCGCGAUGUGCUUGGAGGCUAGGUUCAAACAUCAUGGAAUUGCAGCGGACCGGGAAUUGGCUCAUGGGAUUCAGAAAAAGGCUAUAACUGCACAAUGGGAAGAUGACAUCGACAAGGCAUAUCAUUUAAACAAUUGGGCGAGCACAUUGGAGCUCCGGUACCAACGAACUCAGAAUCAGAGUGACUUGAGAGAGUCCAUGAGCGCCCUACAGGCGGCGAUUGAGUUACUUCCGGACGGAAAUCCUGCGCGAGUCACAAUUCUCACGAACUUGGCUUUGGCGUUUCAUGACAAAUAUCCUCUAGAGGAUGGUGACCUCGAUACCGCCAAAGCCCUGUGCGAGAAGGCCUUUGACCUGGAAAGCGGCUCCCCCUUUGACCGCGCCCGUGCAGGACUACAUGGUCUUGAUCGAUGCAUUUUGAGUGAAGACUGGUUAGGGGCGAGAUCAUUUCUAGAAAAGUUGGUCAGACUGCUACCAAGGUUGUCUGCUACUACAUUGCCGAGAAGGGAUCAGCAGCGCAUGCUAGCGCCUGCUAGCCACAUUCCCUCCGAUGCAGCUUCGAUGGUGCUAAAGACGAACGGAACCGCUACUCAGGCCUUGGAGAUUCUUGAAGCCGGACGAGGUAUAAUUGCCAGUUUCAUCAUCAGUUCUCGAAGCGAUAUCUCUGAGUUGAAGGAGCUUCACCCUGAGCUAUACUCAAAAUACAACAGGGCAAGAGAUCAGGUGUGCAUGCCUUGGGAAGAUCAGACUCAACGUGCCUCGACCCUGAGCGAGAUCGUCUUGAAUACCCCGAAGAAUACCUACGAGAGCAACAAGAGUAGUGUUUCUAUGCGAAUCUCCCAGCGCUACCGGGACACAACGCAGCUCAAAGAAUUGGAAAGCAUCAUUCGAGAGCAGGAAGGGUUUGAGCGAUUCCUUCUGCCUCCUACCCCAGCAGCGCUCAUUGACUUGGCGCACCGCGGCCCAAUUGUAGUCUUCAAUUGCACGGAAUACCGCAGCGACGCCCUACUCAUUACCCAACCAGGUGGAAUUGCUGCGCUGCCCUUGGAGAGGCUCAAGUUUCGUGAACUGAAGAAAAAUGUCAAAAAGUUCAUCGGAGAUAAGAAGCUAACAGUGGGCUUAUCAUCGACAAAAGCUCAGCGUCAGAGAGAACUGCAGCAAGUCCUCGAGUGGCUCUGGGAGAUCGCAGUGCAUCCUGUGCUCGAUAAUCUCGGAUUACUCCCAGCAAAGGUCCCCAAGCACCCUUCGCACAUAUGGUGGGUGACGAGCGGACAAAUGGGUCUUAUGCCUCUCCACGCGGCGGGAGAUUCCAAGCGAUCAACUUCAGACUACGUGGUAUCCAGUUACAUUCCUACUUUGAAGGCUCUACAGUAUGCCCGAGAAAAAGAUUUACAAUAUCUCCGGGAGCCAAACACCCGAAUGCUCAUCACAGCAAUGCCACGGACAGUUGGCCUCAACCCACUUGGAACGGGGAAAGAGGUUCAGUUGAUCAGAAAAGCUGUGCAGGGAUCUAGUUCGAUUGUUCCAUCUACUCUCACGCAGCCCUCUAAAGCCGAAGUGCUACAAGAGAUCAGCAAAUGUGCCCUUGUUCAUUUCGCAUGCCAUGGGAUUCCGGAUACCAAACACCCAGAGCAAGGCAGUCUUUUCUUAGGAGCCAGCACAGCUCUAGAGCCAGAGCGCCUCACCAUUCAGGAAUUGUCGAACAUGCGUCACGACCUUGGGCAGAUAGCGUAUCUGUCUGCGUGCUCAACGGCGGAGAAUGCGUCCGUAGACCUCGCCAACGAAGCUAUCCACAUCGCUAGUGCGUUCCAACUGUUAGGGUUCCCGCAUGUCAUUGGUACCUUGUGGGAGGCUGAUGAUAAGUGCGCAACUGAGGUUGCAGGUGCAUUCUACGAAAGCUUGGUCGAUCAAUUGAAACAAAGUGGACCAGAGGUUAGCCACGAUGUAGUUGCGUAUGCUCUACAUUUUGCUGUCAGAAGGGUGAAAAAGAGGAAGCCAGUAAACAUCAUUGGAUGGGCUCCGUUCGUCCAUAUCGGGGCCUAG